AUGGCCUCCAAUGUGGAACGCAAUUUGGAGUCGCCGGAAACCCUGGGCGGAGGAGGCUGGACUAGACUCGCUCCUCCUCCUGCACCAAAGGGAGUCGCCGCCGCCUGGUCUCUUAACCGCCUUAGUUCCAGAAGGCUGACUCUGAUCUGGAUUACAUUCAGUACAGGCUGGAAUAUGAAAUCAAGACUAAUUAUCCUGAUUCAGCAGGCAAGCUGUUACCACUGACUGAAGAAGAGAAAACUGCGGCAGAGCAAUUAAGAGCUCACAUGUCAGACUUAUGAUGAAGAAAUGGACUUGCAAAAGGGAACUCUAAUGGGGAAGAGAUCAAUUCCAGAGAGAUUUAGGAAGCUGUCUUGUUAGCAUUUGAUGACUGUUGGUGGGGGGAUGACAAAGGAGAUUUGGCUUGGGUUACUGGAUAGUGAUGCCUUCCACGAGAGAGGGGAAUACAAGAAGAAGAGCAGAUAUUGUACUCAUAAUGUUCAGCCAAAGGGAUGGAAUGGAAAUAAAGAGAUUUAAAAAUA